UGCACUUGGUUCGAGUGUGUCAGCAUGAUGGUGAUUCUACUGAACUGUGUUACCCUGGGGAUGUACCAGCCUUGUGAUGAUAUGGACUGCCUCAAUGACCGGUGCAAGAUCUUGCAGGUAUUUGAUGAUUUCAUCUUCAUCUUCUUUGCAAUGGAGAUGGUGCUGAAGAUGGUGGCCCUUGGGAUCUUUGGCAGGAAGUGUUACCUUGGAGACACCUGGAACCGCCUGGAUUUCUUCAUUGUGAUGGCUGGGAUGGUGGAAUAUUCCCUGGACCUCCAAAACAUUAACUUAUCUGCAAUCCGUACUGUCCGUGUCCUGAGGCCCCUCAAAGCCAUCAACCGGGUGCCUAGCAUGCGAAUCCUGGUGAAUUUGCUCCUGGACACUUUGCCCAUGCUGGGGAAUGUUCUGCUUCUCUGCUUCUUUGUCUUCUUCAUCUUUGGCAUCAUCGGCGUACAGCUGUGGGCUGGUCUGCUCAGAAACCGCUGUUUCAUGGAGGAGAACUUCACAAUACAAGGUGACAUCAUUCUUCCCCCCUACUACCAACCAGAGGAGGACGAUGAGAUGCCCUUCAUCUGCUCCCUGUCAGGAGAUAAUGGCAUCAUGGGGUGUCAUGAGAUCCCCCCGCUGAAGGAGAGGGGCCAUGAGUGCUGCCUGGACAAGGAUGACUAUUAUUACUACAACUCCAUCCGGCAGGAGUUCAAUGUCAGCGGCGUGUGCGUCAACUGGAACCAGUACUACAACGUGUGCCGCACAGGCAAUGCCAACCCACAUAAGGGUGCCAUCAACUUUGACAAUAUCGGCUAUGCCUGGAUCGUUAUAUUUCAGGUGAUCACACUGGAAGGAUGGGUGGAGAUCAUGUAUUAUGUGAUGGAUGCUCAUUCGUUCUACAACUUUAUCUACUUUAUCUUGCUGAUAAUCGUGGGCUCUUUCUUCAUGAUCAACCUGUGCCUGGUGGUCAUAGCCACUCAGUUCUCUGAGACCAAGCAACGGGAGCACCAGCUGAUGCAGGAACAGCGAGCGCGGUACUUGUCCUCCAGCACUGUAGCCAGCUACACUGAACCAGGAGACUGCUACGAGGAGAUCUUCCAGUAUGUCUGCCACAUCGUGCGCAAAGCCAAACGUCGCACACUUAGCCUCUACAACAGCCUGCAGGACCAACGCCAGGGCCGGAUGGAGCCAGGCAGUGCCAAGCUUGGUGUGAACGGGAAAGGACAGAGACGCUAUAGGCAUUGCCAGAAACACAACUCUCUCGAAUACACUCCUCAUGCCCUCAUCCAGCCCAUUGCUAUGACCCUGACCUCUGACCCCAACAACUGCCCCAGAUGUCACAGAGUGCAGCGUGAGGCAGCCCGGAGGCUCUCCAUCCUGGACAGUGCUGAUUCGGACCAGGAGGAAGGAGGGGCCAGUGAAGAGCAAAGAGAAAGAAGAAGAGGAAGCGAAGGUGCCACAGAUCUGGAGAAGGAGGAAGAGGAGGGGGAAGAGGGCGGAUGGCUGAGGCUCUGCGAUGACCUGUGGCGAGAAGUGAGGGUCAAACUAAGGGGGAUUGUGGACAGCAAGUACUUCAACCGUGGGAUCAUGAUAGCCAUUCUAGUGAACACCAUCAGCAUGGGCAUUGAGCACCAUGAACAGCCAGAAGAACUGACCAACAUCUUGGAGAUCAGCAAUGUUGUGUUCACCAGCAUGUUUGCCCUGGAGAUGAUCCUGAAACUCGCUGCGUUUGGCCUCUUUGAUUACCUCCGCAAUCCCUACAACAUCUUCGACAGCAUCAUUGUAAUCAUCAGCAUCUGGGAGAUCAUUGGCCAGUCAGAUGGGGGGCUGUCAGUGCUGAGAACUUUCCGCCUCCUGCGGGUGCUGAAGCUUGUGCGUUUCAUGCCUGCUCUGCGACGCCAGCUGGUGGUGCUGAUGAAGACCAUGGACAAUGUGGCCACCUUCUGUAUGCUCCUUAUGCUCUUCAUCUUUAUAUUCAGCAUCCUGGGAAUGCACAUCUUUGGGUGCAAAUUCAGCCUCCGGACAGACACCGGAGACAGUCCUGACCGGAAGAAUUUCGACUCCUUGCUCUGGGCCAUCGUCACUGUGUUCCAGAUCCUGACCCAGGAGGACUGGAAUGUUGUGCUGUAUAAUGGCAUGGCCUCCACCUCACCAUCAUCCCUUUACUUUGUGGCCCUAUGACCUUGGCAACUAUGUCUCUCAAUCUGCUGGUGGGGCUAUCUGGUGGAGGGCUUCCAGGCUGAGGGUGAUGCCAACCAGUCGUACUCGGACGAAGAUCAGAGUUCAUCGAACAUGGAGGAAUUUGACAAAUUCCUGGACAGCCGGGAUGGCUCAGAUCCCAGGCUCUGUGCAAUUCCCAUGACCCCAAAUGGACACCUUGACCCCACCCUACCUUCUUCCAACCAGCCAGUGGCAACUGAUGGGGUCACAAGUUCUGCCCAGAAUUCCCUGCAGCCAGACCAGAUCCUCAUUGCCUUGGGUUCCAGGAAGAGCAGUGUGAUGUCACUGGGGAGAAUGACCUACGACCAGAGGUCACUGUCUAGCUCUCGCAGUUCUCAUUAUGGUGCAUGGGGCCGCAGCGGGACCUGGGGGAGCCGUCGCUCCAGCUGGAACAGCCUGGCUCGGGGACACAGCCUAAAACACAAGCCUCCGUCUGCCGAGCAUGAAUCUCUGCUGUCUGGGGAAAGGCACAGGGUGGCAGAUGCAGAACGAGAGGAAAUGGGAAGGGCCCCUCAUCACCGGCGGACACUCUCUCUGGACACCAAAGAUUCCUGUGAUCUGGUGGAGCUGACGUCAUCAGUCCCAUCCAGUCACAGGGCAGUGAGGAAGUUGGGUGUGGCUCUGGGCACCAGCGAGCACCAGGACUGCAAUGGCAAAAUGCCCAAUAUCGCUAAGGAGAUUUUCCCGAAGAUGGACAACCGCAAGGAACAUGGAGAGGAUGAGGAGGAGAUAGACUAUAGCCUGUGUUUCCGCAUCCGGAAGAUGAUGGAUGUCUACAAGCCAGACUGGUGUGAGAUACGGGAGGAUUGGUCCAUCUACCUCUUCUCUCCACAAAACAGGUUCCGCAUCCUCUGCCAAACCAUCAUUGCUCACAAGCUCUUUGACUACGUUGUUCUGGCCUUCAUCUUCCUGAACUGCAUCACCAUUGCCCUGGAGAGACCACAGAUCGAGCAUCGGAGCACGGAGAGAAUCUUUCUCACCGUAUCCAACUACAUUUUCACAGCAAUCUUCGUAGCUGAGAUGACACUAAAGGUGGUCUCUCUAGGCCUAUAUUUUGGGGACGAGGCCUAUCUCCGCAGCAGCUGGAACAUCCUAGAUGGCUUCUUGGUCUUUGUGUCCCUCAUUGACAUUGUGGUGUCAGUGGCCUCUGCUGGAGGAGCUAAAAUUUUGGGGGUGCUCCGGGUCCUCCGACUGCUGCGCACAUUACGUCCUCUCAGGGUCAUCAGCCGUGCCCCAGGCCUGAAGCUGGUGGUGGAGACACUCAUCUCAUCCCUCAAACCCAUUGGGAACAUUGUCCUCAUUUGCUGUGCCUUCUUCAUCAUCUUUGGCAUCCUGGGUGUGCAGCUCUUCAAGGGGAAGUUCUACCACUGCCUUGGGGUUGACAUCCGUAACAUCACCAACAGGUCUGACUGUGUGGCCGCCAAUUACAAGUGGGUACACCAAAAGUACAACUUUGACAACCUUGGACAGGCCCUGAUGUCCCUCUUCGUUCUGGCCUCCAAAGAUGGUUGGGUCAAUAUUAUGUAUAAUGGACUAGAUGCUGUGGCUGUUGACCAGCAGCCAGUGACCAACAACAAUCCCUGGAUGCUCCUUUACUUCAUCUCAUUCCUCCUCAUUGUCAGCUUCUUCGUACUCAACAUGUUUGUGGGGGUGGUGGUGGAGAACUUCCACAAGUGCCGACAGCACCAGGAGGCAGAGGAGGCACGUCGGCGGGAGGAGAAGCGCCUGAGGCGCCUGGAGAAGAAGCGCAGGAAGGCGCAGCGCUUGCCGUAUUAUGCCACCUAUUGCUCUGUCCGCCUCCUCAUCCAUUCGGUCUGCACCAGCCACUACUUGGACAUCUUCAUCACCUUCAUCAUCUGCCUCAACGUCGUCACCAUGUCCCUGGAGCACUACAACCAGCCAGUGUCUCUUGAGACUGCCCUGAAGUACUGCAACUACAUGUUCACCACAGUCUUUGUGCUGGAGGCAGUUCUGAAGCUGGUGGCAUUUGGACUGCGGCGAUUCUUCAAAGACAGGUGGAACCAGCUGGACCUGGCUAUUGUGCUGCUAUCUGUCAUGGGCAUCACGCUGGAGGAGAUUGAAAUCAAUGCAGCUCUUCCCAUCAACCCCACUAUCAUCCGCAUCAUGAGGGUACUGCGCAUUGCCCGGGUGCUGAAGCUGCUGAAGAUGGCGACAGGAAUGCGGGCGUUACUGGACACAGUUGUGCAAGCUCUACCGCAGGUGGGGAACCUCGGACUGCUCUUCAUGCUCCUCUUUUUCAUCUACGCUGCUCUAGGAGUGGAGCUCUUUGGGAAGCUGGUGUGCAAUGACGAGAAUCCCUGUGAGGGCAUGAGCCGCCAUGCCACCUUUGAGAACUUUGGGAUGGCCUUCCUCACACUCUUCCAGGUCUCCACUGGCGACAACUGGAAUGGAAUCAUGAAGGAUACCCUGCGGGACUGCACCCAUGAUGACCGGAGUUGCCUCAGCAACCUGCAGUUCAUCUCACCGCUCUACUUUGUCAGCUUCGUGCUCACAGCACAAUUCGUCCUCAUCAACGUGGUGGUAGCUGUGCUCAUGAAACACCUUGAUGACAGCAACAAGGAGGCACAGGAGGAUGCAGAAAUGGAUGCCGAGAUUGAGCUUGAGAUGGCACAUGGGCUCUGCCCCCGCAGCAUGAGCUCCCAGAGCUCAGGACAGAGUGGAGGAGAUGGGAGAGUGGACCCUGAGGGACGUCUGUGCAUGCGAUGUUUCUCUCCAGCACAGGUUCAGCUCGCUGAAAUGGAAGCCUUAUCCCUCAACUCAGACAAGUCUUCUUCCAUCCUGCUAGGGGAUGAUUUAGACAAUCGCAGCAUCUGUCAGUUGAGUCCUAAGGAGACCAAGCAGGAUGGCCAGAACAGUCCUGACUCCAUGGACAUGGGAGAUUUGGGGGAAUGUUUCUUCCCAUUAACAACGACAGGUGCUUCUCCAACUCCGGGAAGUUACUUGUGUGAAAUGGAGAAAAUCCCUUUCAACCCCGUCCAGUCCUGGCUGAAGCAUGAGAGUAGUCAAGUUCCCCCCAGACCCUUCUCUCCAGGUACAUCCAGGCCACUGUUACCUGUACCAGCGGAGUUUUUCCACCCAGCCAUCUCUGCCACCCAGAUUGGGCAGGAGAAGGUUUCCUGUCCAGGCAGCCUUCCUAAAAUCUCUCUCGGUUCAUGGGCAUCACUGCGAUCCUCAAGUGUGAACUGCUCACUACUCCACCAGGCCACGGAGAGUGACACCUCCCUCGAUGACAGCAGGAGCAGUAGCUCAGAAAGCAGCUUGCAGACCACCCUGGAGGACAGCUUGAACCUUAGCGACUCUCCCCAGUGCACCCUGGACCUCCCAGUGCACUGUGCCCCGAUGCCAACGGCUGCCACCCAAAGAACCAUGGCAGCUCCGCUUUCCCCUGCAUCCCGGAGGCGGAACCUGCGAGGCCGUGGGAUAUUCAGCCUGCAGAACAUCAGGCGGCAUCAGCGGAGCCACAGCAGCGGAGGGAGCACAAGCCCUGGCUGCACUCAUCAUGACUCCAUGGACCCUUCUGACGAGGAGGGCGCGGGUAGCAGCCUGAGGGGUGGCAACAACAGCGAGCAGUCAGAGACCCUCAGCAGCCUCUCCCUGACAUCCCUUUUCUCCCCACCCCCACCACCCCCGGGCCGGGCGCUUGUGAAGAAGUGCAACAGCACAAGCAGCCUCAACGCCAACCUCUCCUCCCGAGGGCCCAUCACCAACGAAGCCAAGCCGUUCUACUCAGUUGACCCCCGGGGGUUCCUCUCCAUGCCCUCCUGGUGACGGGACUUCUGCAAGGACACCCCCUCCUCAGGUGAUGGUGAGGAGUCAGACAGCCCCGAUAAACUGGGGACUGCAGACCGCAGCUCUCCACUCCCUUCUGAGCUGGAGUUGGGCAAUGGAGUCAGCAAGAGGAACAGAUGAGGGUCCCUGGGGUAGGGAGGGGAGCGAACAGCGUGGGCGAGAGUGCACCUUGUGCUACCAUUUCCCGGCAGCAAUUCCAAAGGAUUGUGGGAAAAAGAAACACACAAACACAAUAUAUAUAUAUUUCGUAAAUACUCUGGUACUGUACCUCCGAGGUGUGAGAGAGCGAAAGCAAUAUGGCAACAUUCCCACCCACACGCUGGACCGGGAGCACCACCGCAGAGACCACAGGGAUGAGGAGGGCACCGCUGGGCUUGGAGGGACUGGGCCCACCGGCCAAACACCUGUCCGGGUGGCAGCCGUUUAGUUAUAUACAUAUACAUAGAGAGAGAGAGAGAUUUAUUUAUUUUUUUUACUGAGCGAUUAUGACUUCCAGAAAGUGCUAAGCAGGAGGAAGGGUGGAGGGACUUGGGGACAUUCUUUUCAAACAGGGAGGGGAAAGGAGAUGAGAACCCAAGAAGGGUUUGGUUGUUUUUGAGAACGUCAUUUAUCAUUCAUACUUCCAUUUUGAAAAUUAAUGAUCCUGGGCCAGCUCCUCAGCCAGUGUAAAUUGGCAGAGCUCCAUGGAGGUCCUCAGCUGAAGUAAAUCAGUAUAGCUCUGGUUUCAGUGGAGAAAUGCAAGUUGACACCAGCUGAAGAUCUGGCCCAGACAGCAGGAAAACCCAAAUGGAGGGGGAGCGUUGGAAGUGAUUUGAGGUUACUUUGAUGAGUGUGUGUGAACGCAGCAGGAAUGCUCUGGGAAGGGAGGAGAUGGAGGCAACAUGGCAACUGCUGAAUGUGUUCAUUUUAUGGUGUGUAUGUUUAUUUUAUUUUAUUUUAUUUAUUUACUUACUUG